AUGACGGCCCUUCUGUCGAGUACUGUCCAGCCGCCUAUCCUCACUCUCCUAUCCUCCACUUCCCAACCCGCCCUCUCACCGCUCUUCACAAGCCAUAUCGACCCCUCCUGCCCCUCCAAAUCGAUCAUCACCUCCCUCCCUGAUAUUCUGACUCGGCCACGAGCUGCUAAGCGGAAAUGGGAUGCGCAGCCCGACGAGCGGUCCUUUGUCCCCACUCACAAGGCCGAGCGGGGCGAUGUUGAGGAUAUCGUGGUCCAUGUCCAGGGUCCCGCAAUAGCGGACACAUACAUUCAGGCCGGAUCUUCCGCUACGGCGAGAAAGAAGGGCGGUGAAGGGGUGCCGCUACCACUCGGCCUCGAACUGCCCCGGGUCCAUUUCCAGCUGAAGCGGCUGGGCUCGAGGGGGUUCGCGCUGGAAGUAGGCGUGCUGGACCUGAAGGGUAGGGAGGGGGUCAUACGGUGCUCCACAUUCCAAAAAACACCAUCCAUCCAUCCCCACCGCCAACCCCCGCUGAUCCACCUCCCCCUCGCCCUGCCCGCACAGACCGCAUCAACCAUGACCCAAUGGCUCGAUAUUUCGCUCAACAUAUCUUCUUUACUACCGCUCUUCCAGACCAUGCCCAGGACAGCGCCAGAAGAUGGAACAAAGAGGAGAAAGCGGGAAGAGGGGAUGCCGAAUGGGCAGUUUGGGAGUGUGAGCUAUGUGCGGGUGUAUGCCAAUUGCAGAGUGCGGAGGGUGUGGUUCUCAGAAGCUGGAGAGCGGACUAUGCGGAAUAUCGAUUCAAGGGACUUUGCACUUCAUGCAGCGCAAGCACCUUGA